AUGCAAAAUCAAACAAUUGCGAUUCUGGAAAAUGGUGGUAUCCCCGUGGUCUCCAUCCCUCAUCUUCUUUCAGGGAUGGAUACGAAGCAGACACGCAUUUACUUCUGGUUAGACACCCUUUGUGUCCCAGUGCCUCCAGCAAACCUGCCCGAUGAAGAGAAGAGACCAUGGGAACGGUCCCGAAAGCAGUCAAUAUCCCGGAUGCGAGAAGCCUAUCUCAACGCCAGAUUCACUCGUGUACUCGAUGCUGAGCUUAUGAUGACUCCGAUUCCAUCUUCAAAUUCAGAGCAAGCCCGAGAAAUCGAAUACUUCACCCGCGUUCUGAUUUCGACCUGGAACUUCCGGAUGUGGACCUUCUCAGAGGCUUGCCUGAAUAUCUUCUACGUUCAAUUCAAGGAUGAGAUCUUCGCACCAUUUGAAGCACUUCUGAAGUUUGCAGAAGAUAAGGAUUUCCUGGAAAUUUUUCUCAAACACCGAGAAACUCCAAUGAUGUAUCCCGGGUUCCACAAAAGGAGUCAGAUGUCAGAGACUGGUGAUGACGACGAUAAGAUUGAUCAUCUUGUAUACUGUUGGACCGGCAUCUGUUGGCGAACAACGAGCAAACCUAAAGACCAAGUGAUCUGUGUCUGCCCUUCUGGGAUUGAAUAUCAUGCAGAUACUCAAAUCUGA